AGUUUGUUCCAAGGUUUUUACCAUUCAGUGAAGCCAGGAAGUAGGAACUCGCCGAUGGGAUUUCUUGCGCCAAUUUGUGAAAGAAUAAUGUUCAUAUGGGCUCUGGUUACUAGAUGGUUCAGAUAUCAGAGAAACCUUGAAGUUAAUAUGAAUACUCUGAAAAGAAUGUUAGAAGAGCUAGAUAGCCAAACUGAAGAUAUAGGUAAAAAAUUAGAGGCUGAGCCUCCCCUUCCGAUUAGAAGACACGAAGAUGAAGUCUAUGAGUGGUUAGAGAAUGUGGAAAGGAUCAAAAUUAGAAUACAAAUUAUCGAACAACUUGGCGAAAGGAAAUAUCUCUCAUGUGCACAUUUUGUAAGACUUGUUGAUGAAAAAAUUGGAGAAGUUAAGGAAUUGCUUCAGAAAGGUAGUUUGUAUAGUGAGAUUUCGAUGAAGAAGCAGUUCAAGUACGUGAUCAUUGGUGGUGGAGUUGCAGCUGGAUAUGCAGCAAGGGAGUUUGUUAAACAAGGCCUGAAACCAGGUGAGUUAGCAAUCAUAUCAAAAGAAGCAGUGGCACCUUAUGAACGCCCAACACUUAGUAAGGCCUAUCUGUUUCCUGAGGGAGCUGCCAGACUUCCAGGCUUCCAUGUCUGUGUUGGAAGUGGAGGAGAGAGGCUGCUUCCUGAGUGGUAUGUGAAGAAAGGUAUUGAGUUAAUUCUCAGCACAGAAAUAGCUGAAGUAGAUCUUCAUUCGAAGACCCUCACUAGUACCACCGGGAGAACCUUCGAAUUUCAAACUUUGAUCAUUGCAACUGGCUCCAGAGUUAUAAGGUUGACAGAUUUUGGUGUACAAGGAGCUGAUGCCAAAAAUAUUUUCUACUUGAGAGAAAUCAGUGAUGCUGAUGAACUUGUAGAAGCAAUUAGAGCUAAGAAAAAGGGAAAGGUAGUGAUUGUUGGAGGAGGAUACAUAGGUCUUGAAGUCGGAGCAGCUAUGAGAAUCAACCAAUUUGACGUUACCAUGGUUUUUCCGGAGCCAUGGUGCAUGCCUCGGCUUUUCACUAAAGAGAUAGCUGCUUUCUAUGAGGCUUACUAUGCUAACAAAGGAAUUAAAAUCAUCAAGGGUACAGUUGCAGUUGCGUUCGAUGCUGAUACGAAUGGAGAGGUAAAGGCAGUGAAACUCAACGAUGACAGGGUACUGCAAGCUGAUAUUGUAGUUGUUGGGGUUGGGGCAAAGCCUCUCACUGAGUUAUUCAAAGGGCAAGUUGAUGAAGAGAAAGGUGGCAUCAGAACUGAUGGAAUGCUUGAAACAAAUGUCCCGGAUGUAUAUGCUGUAGGUGAUGUGACUACUUUCCCUCUGAAAUUGUACAAUGACAUGAGAAGAAUUGAGCAUGUUGACCAUGCCAGGAAAUCAGCUGAGCAAGCUGUGAAAGCUAUCAGGGCAAGUGAAGAAGGGAAAUCCAUUGAAGUGUAUGACUACCUUCCAUACUUCUAUUCGCGUGCCUUUGAUCUUUCGUGGAAGUUUUACGGAGACAAUGUUGGUGAUCCAUUGAUGUUUGGAGACAAAAACCCAGCAUCCGGAAAGCCAAAGUUUGGAACAGCAUGGAUCAAGAAUGGGAAGAUUGUGGGAGUGUUUUUAGAGGGAGGGACAGAUGAAGAAAACAAGGCUAUUGCCACAAUGGCUAGGGUCCAACCUCCAGCUGAGUAUUUGGAUCAACUGAAAAAGGAGGGUUAUUUCAUUGCUUGACUGGAACUCUAGAUACCAUGUAUAAAAUUGAAUUGAUGGCUUGGGAUUUCAAUGAGUUGGUUUUGUUCCUGCACUUGAACAGAUUGCUAUGUGUGCCCUGGAUUUUAAUUCUGUUUCUUCACAUUUUAUUCUCUGUAUUGAUUUGAUUGGAAAACAAAAAGAUGCUUUCAUUGCACUUUCUUUCUCUUUCACUUAAGGUAUACUCAAAAAUUUGUACACCUCUAACUUGCAUUAUCAUGAAAACCAUUGAACAAAUCUUAUAUAAUUUGUUCACUCAUCCUAUGUAAAUAAUUUCCUCGGUUUGAAAGUACAAAAAUAAAAAGGUUUAAAGUUACUCAUGCACUCAAGGUACUGUGUUUGAAUCUCUCCUCGACAUAUGUUAAAAAAAAAAAAGAGACAAAUGUGACUUGAGUCUAUUACUUCGUUUACCUUAAGAGAAUCUUUUAUAGGUAAUUGGAACGUUAAAAAUAUAUUUUUUUUCCAGGAAAAAAUUACAUGAGAAAAGAAGCACUCCUCUUUCAGAUAAUUAAACGAGAAAAGCACCGACUUAACGUUGUGAGUCUUCUUCCUAGACCAUUAUCUUCAGUUGACAAAUACAAAGCUGGGGUCUUUUGAGUUCCAUUAAACCGAAACGCUAGCGAUAUUCACAGACGCGUAUUGGGUACCAGAACGACACGUCGCUGCCGAAAUGGCUGAAAUUAGAAUUGAGAGAGCCUCUGAUAAGCUGAAAGAGCACAAAUCAAACCCCAACCGCCGAGAAAACAUUGGCGGGCUUCUGGGUCACAUCGCCAAAUUUGCUAUUGACUCCACCAUCAACUUCUCUCUCAAAGCCCUCCCCGGUAGGAAGCGGGGGUAUCAGAUUGUGCAGGAGGGAUUAAAGGAUCAACCCCUUUCAGUUUCUCCUGAUGACACCAAGAAACCAGAAGAUCUUAAGUUGGCAAUGGAGGACAUGAAUGCAAAAAUGGAGAAUAUGCAGGAAGACACGAACAUUGUAAAGCAACAACAUAACAUAUCAGCAGAACAUGUCAUGGGAUCAGCGGAUCCAAAGAAGAUGCCAGACGGAAGAGGCAUUCAGGGGGCGGAUCUUCUGCAGAACAAUAAGAAGAGGAUCUUCAUUCGAUCGCGUCUAUAAAUUAGAAAAUGAGGCUGGUGUAGAUGACCAUAACAGCAAGUCAAAAAUAAACGACUGUAAUCCCAGUAAAAAGAAAAACCAAAUGUAAUGGCGUAUAGUAUUGGGGUUAUAAAUAAUGUGAAAUGUGUCAAAAUUUACUAUUUCAUAUAGAGUUGAUAUUUGAUAUGUAUGAUAUGUAUUAUAUUUAUGUAUUAUGAACUUCACAAAAAGAGUAGAGAUCAUGACUCAUGAGAGGAUCAUGUAAGAAUUCUAUAAGGCUCUCACUAUAAAUGACUCGAGGAUCAUGUUUCCACCCAAGUGGGCUGUUAUUUUCAGUUUGGUAUUGCCAGUCCAGCAAAACCAAGAAAAAACAAAAACAAGGGCAUUUCUGGAAAUUAGAAAACCAUUUUUCGUUUGUGCAUGUUUUUCUCCUCGUGUAGCUUCUCCGUGUUUCCACAUAGUCUCUCUCUGUGUCUCAGACUCACUCUGUCACUCAGCACCGAACAAUGGCGGUAUGGACAGCGGCGGCUCGGCAAGCCGCGAAUAUGGCUCGGAUCUCCUCUCCCAAGUCGGCUUGUACAGCCCAAGCGGCUUCUCUUGUCCAUCGGCGCGGUCUUGCCGGCGGUGGUGAUCAUCAUGGACCUCUAAAGGUGAACUUUUGGGAGGACCCAAUGCACCCAUCUAAAUGGAAGCAAGAACAUUUUGUGAUUGUCUCUUUAGCUGGAUGGGGGACACUCCUGUACGGGGGUUACAAGUUCUUCACCAAAGACAAAAAGGACAAGAAGGACGAGAAAGUUGGAGAACCAUCACACUAGCUUUUCAAGCUCCUGAAUAUAUGUACAAAUAAAUAAAUCAGUGUCCCGUCUUCAGAAUAUCUACAAUGAGCAUGAUCUUCCAUGAUACAAGACACCACAGUUUUUAGGCAGUUCCAGUUUGUACAUGACUGUUGUUUAACAUGACUGGAUUUAUACAUGGUGCCUUCUCUUUUUAUGAUCA